CUCUACUUGCUCUUGCGAACACACCAUUCUAGCUGCCUUAGUUACUCUUUGCAAACACACUUUGAAAUCUCUUUGAUCGAACUACGAAUCCUCCCAAACACACGUCACAUACAUCACACACAUCCAUCCAACUCAUUCAACUAACCACCGAAUCCGCCAUGGCCAAGAAGGUCAGCUUCAACAGCCUGCUCAAGGUCAUCAUUCCCAAGUCCAAGACAACCUCCAACAAGCAAGAUACUGCGAACAAAAGCAACGAACCCGUUCUGGUCAAUACCACCAAAGGCAACAAUGUUGAGCUCAUGUCUCUCGUUCAUGCUAUUGAAGGCGAUAUGAUCGAAUUUGUGUGUAUCGAUGACGAUGUGCACUUCGGCAGUCCAUUGAAGAGGGUGCCGACUCCCCAUCCGGUGAAGAAGAAAUGGGGUAAGAUGGUGAUGGAGGAAUGAGG